AUGGCUCCAAAGACUGUGGGAGAACCGGAUGAGAUCACCGGACAGAGCGCACUUCCGAUUGCUCGAAUUAAGAAAAUUAUUCAGUUGGACGAGGAUAUCGUACAAUGCUCGAACAACGCGACCUUCGUCAUCGCAAUGGCUACCGAGAUGUUCAUCCAAUAUCUUGCUGAGCAAGGGCACAACGUGGUCAAAUCCGAGCGAAAGCCACGCAAGACCGUCCAGUACAAAGAUCUCGCUUCGGCGGUAUCACACACCGACAAUCUCGAAUUCCUUUCUGACGUGAUCCCUAAAACUACAACCUACAAACAAUUCAAGGAGAAGAAGGCGAAGGAUGCGGCGAAUCAAGGCGCCAUGGAGAAGGGCCAGCGUACUCUCAACGGUACCAGUGCACCUCCAGCACAAGAAAAUGGCACAGGUAUGGGAGAUGCCACCCCACAAGGAGAAGAUUCGAAGACAACAUCUCCGUCGGUUCCUCGGCUCCCUGUAAGCGCGUUGAUUGCGGACCGGACAGUCGAGCCCAAGGCUACCCAUGACCAUGAUGUGGAAAUGCAAGAUUGA